AUGCUUGUCAAGAACAGCGCUUACUACAGCCGCUACCAAACCAAGUUCAAGCGCCGUCGUCAGGGUAAAACCGACUACUAUGCCCGUAAGCGAUUGAUCACCCAGGCGAAGAACAAGUACAACUCGCCCAAGUAUCGCCUCGUCGUCCGCUUCACCAACCGCGAUAUCAUCACUCAGAUUGUCACGUCUGAAAUCGACGGUGACAAGGUCAUCUGCAGUGCUUACGCCCACGAACUCAAGCGCUACGGAAUCAAGAACGGUCUUACCAACUGGUCCGCUGCUUACGCUACCGGCCUCCUCCUUGCCCGCCGCACCCUGAAGAAGCUUGGCUUGGACGAGGACUUUGUUGGUGUCGAGGAGCCAGAAGGCGAAUUCUCCCUCACCGAAGCCGCCGAGACAGAUGAGGGAAGCCGUCGUCCAUUCAAGGCCUUCCUUGACGUUGGUCUCCAUCGCACUUCGACUGGUGCCCGUGUCUUUGCCGCGAUGAAGGGUGCCUCUGACGGUGGCAUUCUUGUUCCUCACUCCGAGAACCGCUUCCCUGGUUACGAUAUUGAAACCAAGGAGCUCGACGCCGAAGUUCUCCGCAAAUACAUCUUUGGUGGACACGUUGCUGAGUACAUGGAGGGUCUUGCUGAUGACGACGAGGAACGCUACAAGAGUCAGUUCCAGAAGUACAUUGACAACGAGUUCGAGGCUGGUGAGCUUGAGGAUAUGUACACCGAAGCCCACAAGGCCAUCCGCGAGGAUCCAUUCAAGAAGGAUGAGGAAGCCGGUCCUAAGAAGAGCAAGGAAGAAUGGAAGGCCGAGAGCUUGAAAUACAGGUCCAAGAAACUCUCUCGCGAGGAGAGAAUGGCUCGUGUCCAGGAGAAGAUCCGGGAGUUGGCAUAA